UGCCACUCUUGAAGGUCCCACGCGAACAACUGAAUAUGAUCAUUGGCUUCUGUAGCCUUUCUUGUGCGUUUUUUCUAAGAAACUCACCCCCUUCUCCUCUCGCUCCCGGGUCCCAAUCCAAGCCACCACAUAAUAACCACAAUUCCAUCUUUGUUUUUUCAAAGGAAAAAUCAUACCCAGAAGCUAAAGAUUGUAAAUUUGCAAUUUAUCUUCUCUGCUGAAUCUUCUGUACCCUCCAGUCUCUCAGGAUUUGCAGAAUUGGAAAAGUUCUUUUCUUUUUAAUUAAUUCCUUUGAAAAGGUAGGCCAAUAAACAAAUUCCUUUGAGUGAAGGUAGUUAUAUUGCUCUGUUUGUCUCUCCUACAGAAGAUUGAGAGAAGCAAAGCAUCUUCUUUUGCGUGAUCACCGUUUCAUUUUGGAAGCAGUUUCUUAACAGGAUCAUCAAAGCAUACUUGGCAGCCAGCCAUGACUGCUGAUACAACUGCUUUAAGUUAUUGGUUGAACUGGAGGUUCUUCAUAUGCGCUGCUUUUAUCUUAUUUGCUAUGAUAUUUGCGGCAACUCUAAUAUGGAAGUACGAAGGAUCCAGGAAAUCAUACUCUAGGAGGAGAGAAGAUCAGCGUGAAAUUGUGGGAUUUUUAUCUAUGGAUGAAGCUUGGAAGACAUGUCUGAAAGGCAUUCACCCUGCUUGGCUGCUUGCUUUCAGGAUAAUUGCUUUCAUUAUCAUGUUCCUACUGAUCACAGCAAAUACUGUUGUUGAUGGAAUUGGCAUAUUUUACUUCUACACUCAGUGGACUUUUGCGUUGGUCACAGUUUAUUUUGCGCUCGGAUCUUCAAUCUCCUUGUAUGGAUGUUGCAAACAUCACAAUGGAUUUAAUGAUAAUCGGGCUUGUGGAGAAAAUUUGGAUGCGGAGCAAGGCAACUAUAUACCUCCCUCACAUGGGGAGAUUGCUGAUACAUCUGACCCAAAAAGGCUAGAUAUCAAUUGCGAGCCCCAUGGUUACCAACAGGCUGGUACAUUGGGCUAUAUCUUUCAAAUUAUUUUUCAGACAUCUGCAGGUGCUGUGAUGCUCACUGAUAUUGUAUUCUGGUUCAUUCUUUAUCCAUUUCUAAUGUCCAAGGAUUAUACUCUUGAUUUUCUAAAUGCUUGCAUGCACUCAGUCAAUGCUGUUUUACUACUUGGGGACACAUGUUUGAAUAGUUUGCGGUUUCCAACCUUUCGAAUUGCAUAUUUCAUUUUGUGGACAUGUGUAUUUGUCGUCUUCCAAUGGAUCAUCCAUGUUUGUGUUUCAAUGUGGUGGCCAUAUCCAUUUCUUGACUUGUCAUCCUCAUAUGCUCCCUUAUGGUACUUGGGUGUGGGUUUGAUGCAUAUCCUAUGUUAUGGCAUAUUUUUUUUGAUAAUUAGGCUGAAGCAUUUUUGGCUGUCAAGAAAAUAUCCAGAGUCCUACCAGAGUUUUAGGUGAGAAAGGGAAUUGCAGUUAAUGCAGCACAUAAGCGUAUAGCUUAACCAUAACAAACACCCAAUUAUUCUUUUUGAGUUGGUAAUUGGGCUCCUUGCUAGUGUCAUUGGUUGGUGAACAAGGUCAUUAUUUUUUGAGAGAGGAGCUGCUGAGGUAAAAAUAUAUUGCUGUCUUUAAGCAAAUACAGGUUUUAAUGAAAUAGCGAAUAUACAAAACUAUCUUCCCUCUGCAAGUUCAUCCAGUAGGCUUGGAGGCUUCAGCAAUGAAAAUGUAAAGAUUGUGAUUGCUGCUUACCUUGUAUUAUUUAUGUUGUAUAUCUCCUCCAAAGGAAUUGGUUGGCUAUAAAGGAGUUGGAUUGUCACUGUUUAUUUUGUCUAUUUUGAUCCUUGUUAUGUCGACGUUGAAACUUGAGCUCGAUGAGCUCAAGCCUUAUAAAUCCCAAAAGAACCAUAACCUUUCACUUUUUUUCA